AUGAUGCAAAGUAGGCUUGCGCGCAUUUCUGGCUUGCGCACGCUGAGAUCCAUCUCAAGGUGCGAAUGGGUUCAGCCAUUGCAAACGCGACACGCGUCUUCCUUCUCGGCAAUACACGAUGGCCUUCGCCGAUCCGAGAAAGCCAGACCACAGGGCUUCAACAGAUCAAGUCUCACCUCUGCUUCUCUUACCAAGAGGAGUCAAGGAGGCCGAGGACGUCGCGCGAACGAUGACAAGCCGCCUCCGACUUUCAAGAUCCGGAAGGGCAAGAAGGAUAUAUCGAAGCCUCGCAAACACAAGCCGAUGACACGGGCGGCACGAUUCAAUGAUCCGAACAACGACUUUGGGAAGAAGAGCCUGGUUUAUCAGGUCAAGAGUGGCCAGCUACGAAAUGACAUGGCCGCAUUACCUGGAAAGAAAUCUAACUCGGCCGCCUCGCCUGGCGAUAUUUGGGACAAUUUGGAGAGGGCUUCCGCUGCGCAAAGCAUGGGCAGGAAAUCAAGGACACGCAAGUCUGCCUUUGGGUCAGAGCCCCAGAGGAGGAGUAGGCCAGUCGCUAGUACGUUCACCCGGGCGUCUUCAGGGCGCUCAGAUGAAAGCAGCGACUUUGUGAAGGCAGCUUCGCGGCCCCUCAGAGAUGAGGAGGUUUCAUUCCGCCAGCCUGAAAAAUUGCGCGAACCUGAGAGCAGGAUGGCCAACUUCCGGAGCGGGAACGAGAAUAGUUAUGAUACAGAACGUCCUCGAAGUGACGAUCACAAGCGAACUGAGCCAAAACGUUGGUCGGAGGAGUCUUCGGACUUCAGAACCAACAACUACACAAGACCAUCUUCGUAUACCUCUAGCAGGGGGUACGACGAUCGACUAGACCCAACCGUGACUUCGAUACCAUACACGACUGCAGCAUCUCAAUUCCUGUACGGGAGGUCGGUGGUCGAAGAGACGCUGAGGUCGUCAAGAAGGAAACUUUAUCAUUUGUAUAUUUAUGAUGGUUUGAACCGCAGUCGGAAUCCCAACGAUAUGGUCAUAGAGAAAUUGGCUCAGAAGAGGGGCGUCAGAAUCACCAAACUCGACGAGGGACACCAAAGGCUGAUGAGCAAGAUGAGUGAGGGUCGGCCACACAAUAACUUCGUCCUGGAAGCAUCGCCCGUUCCGCAGCCACCAAUCGAGGCUCUUGGGUCCGUAUCUGAGGAGGUAUCGAGACCUGGCUUCGAGGUUUCGCUAGGCCACCAGACUGCGGAAGACCUGGCAAUAAAUGGAUGCAGCAAUUUUGUCGAGACAGAGGGAGGCAAAUAUCAACCGCUUGUGCUGCUUCUGGAUCGCAUUCUGGAUCCCGGGAAUCUCGGGAGCAUUCUGCGCACGGCCAGCUUUCUCGGCGUGAGCGCCGUGGUCAUAUCGCAGCGAAACUCAGCAACGCUGACCCCUGUGGCGCUCAAGGCAGCUGCAGGGGCGUCUGAGACCCUGCCACUGUUUUCUUGCGAUAACCCCGCUAGUUUCCUGCACAACUCCAAGGAGUCGGGCUGGAAGAUCUACGCGGCGGUGGCGCCGUCCCGUUCGAGGAAGAAGAGCGAGCAGGACGUUUACGACAUUGAAGAUCUCGACCCGUUAGCCACGGACCCGUGUGUGCUCGUUGUCGGCAGCGAGGGCGAAGGUCUUCCGACCAUGAUCAAAACCAAGUCUCACCAUUCGGUAACGAUACCGAAUUCUUCUGGGGCUCAUACCAUUGACAGUUUGAAUGUCAGUGUCGCCGCCGGUCUCCUCUGCGGGGCUUUCCUGAAGGGAGUCAUGAAGCAGAAGCACCCACGGCCUUUCGGUGGCAGUCAGAAGAGCGACGAAAUGGGAUUUUGGUAA